AUUCGUGCGUCGGCCGGUCGAGUUGUGUGCCAAACGCUCGGCACCUGUCGCCCAACACGUGUUGCGUUCCACUUGUGCUGCGCGUCUCCUUCGCACACCCGCUAGCACCGUACACCGCGGCGUAUACGUUACGUUACGUAUUGUGGUGCAGCCAAAGCGAAAUAAUAUUUAAUUAUUAUAGUUAUGUGAGCCGAGAGUGGAGUGCUUUAGAGCUAGAAUUUCAAGCACAAGCAGUGAUUUAACUCAUAUUAAAUUAUAGAAAAAAAUAAAGAAAACGAAAGUGAACUUGUGGCCCAUAAGCAUGAUAAAUUGUUUGCCCAGUUUUGCUAGAAGGCGGAACAUCAUCAAUGUGAGUGCUGUGGACUGUGUGCUCUUCCACUAGAGCUGCGUGCCGCUCGGGGGCAAUGAAAUCGCGGAAGCUGCCAAAGGGCUUCGUGCUUUGUGGCCUCAACUGUUUGACUUUCGUCUACUUCCCGCUCGUCCUGCCCAUCCUGCGAUGUUCGGCCGGUGCGGCAUCGGCGGCGGGCGGCGGCGGUGGCUCAAAGACCGCCGACGACUUCGACUACCGGAUGCAGCGGGUGCGGAAUGUCCUGAAGGAAGUGCCCCUAAUCGACGGGCACAACGAUCUGCCGUGGAAUAUCCGCAAGUUCCUGAAGAACCAGCUAAAGGACUUUCACUUUGGCGGCGACCUGCGGGAAUUGGCUCCGUGGUCGUCGAGUGCCUGGAGCCACACCGACCUGCGCCGCCUGAAAGAGGGCAUGGUCUCAGCGCAGUUUUGGUCCGCUUACGCCCCCUGCUCAUCACAGCAUCUGGAUGCAGUGCAGCUGACAUUGGAACAGAUCGACCUGAUUCGUCGACUAGUCCAGCUAUAUCCGCAUCACAUGGCGCUGGUUACGACUGCGUCGGGUAUCGAACAGACGCAUCGAACUGGGAAAAUUGCCAGUUUGAUUGGCGUGGAGGGCGGUCAUGCCAUUGGAACCAGUUUGAGUGUCCUGCGAAUGUUCUACCAACUGGGCGCCAGAUAUUUAACUCUCACUCACACCUGCAAUACACCUUGGGCGGACUGCUGCAAAGUUGACGAACCUGGGAAGUACCCGCACAUAGGCGGUCUUUCACAGUUCGGCAAGCUGGUGGUCAGGGAGAUGAACCGACUGGGCAUGAUUGUUGAUCUGUCGCACGUCUCUGUGCCCACGAUGCUGGAUGCAUUGGCCGCCUCGACGGCCCCGUUAAUAUUCUCGCACUCCUCGGCGCACGCCAUCUGCAAUAGCUCCCGCAACGUGCCCGAUCAUGUGCUGCAACGCAUUGCAAUAAACGGCGGUCUGGUUAUGGUGGCCUUUUAUCCACAUUUCGUCAGCUGCUCGGGACAGGCGACAUUGCACGACGUUGUGGCGCAUAUCAACCACAUAAGGGAGGUGGCCGGCAUCGAUCAUGUUGGCAUUGGAGCUGGCUACGACGGAGUCAACUUAGUGCCCAAAGGACUGGAGGAUGUGUCCAAAUAUCCGCAUCUUUUUGCUGCCCUGCUCGAGUCUGAUAAAUGGUCGGAGGAGGAUAUUGCCAAGUUGGCUGGCAGGAAUCUAAUACGUGUAUUCAAGAAAGUCGAAGCGGUGCGCGAUCAGAUGGAACUUCUGCGUGUGGCACCCAUUGAUCAGUCAAUUCCAGCCGAAGACAUUAUGGGCCGAUCCUAUUGUCGUUAUCAAGGACCAAGAACGUGAUAAUUUCUCCAUUUGUAAAGUUCACUCAUAUGCAUAGCGUUUUCAUUCAUCACAGCCCCGUGGCGAAAAUGGCAAAAAAUUAUGUCAAGCGUACGUGUUGUAAAGUGAAACUUGUUUUAGGUUAAUUGACAAAGUUUUCCCUCCUCUCUGCUGCUGGUGCUGAUGCUAGCUGAUGAUGUUGUUGUUUUUGUUCUUAUUCUUGUUGUUGCGUAUUGUUUGUUUGUGUGUGUAUGUGUAUGUGAGGCAUGAUGCUGCACAAACAGAAACACACACACAUAUACAUUCGGAAAAAAACGGCAACAUUUUGCAAUCGCUCAGAGCUGAGCAGCUGGCCAACUGCUGUUGCAGCACUGAGAAAAAUGUAGGCAAGGAAAAUUAAAAUAAUAAUGAAACACUUUUUUAAUUUACAUUUAAUUAUUAAGUUGAGCCAAUAUUUUAAACUUUUAUGAAAAUCAAAACUUUAUAAUUAAAUGAGAAGUGAAAGUCAAACUUCUAUUUCCUAACAAAUAUUUAUAAGAUUUAUGGAAUUUAUAUUUAAGUUCCAAGAU